CGGAUUUCCCUUUGGGUUCUUCUCCCGCAAUUACCUAUAGUUACCCCUUUAGUUUUUAUUCUGGUAAAUUAUCUUCUUCGCAGGGUAAGCUUGACGACAGUGAAAAUUUAUUCAAUUAUUUGGCGUUAGAGUUUGGUUUUUAUAGGAGAAACUUAGUGUUCAAAGCAGGAGUGUUGGUGGUUGAAGGCGAUUGACCGCAAUCAAAUUGGGCUCACUUGUGUUAUGAUUUAGGCCUCGUAGCCUCUCGUGUUACUUGUCAAUAUGAAAAACCAAUAUGGUGAAGAUCAAGAUGAAGCAACUGUCAUGGGGUUUGAAGUGCCAAGAUCACCAGAUUCUAGUUAUAAUAAUGUGUACCCUGGGAACGAAGAUGAUGCACGUGACCCACCACUUGUCCCUCCACAGCUGCAUCGUACCUUGCUUAGGUACCCUGCUAGCAUGAACACAUCCGGGAGUCUUCCUUUCCCCGACAACGUGAUUUUAAAUCAUCUUUACAUUGAAAACCGAGAGCCACCAAGAUCUGCAGUGGCGCUUGGAUUUACUCAACGCUUUCGUUCGAAGUAUGUUACUCUUGUGCUAUACAAACCGGUUCCAAGAAGUGGAAGUAGCAGUACUUAAGAUAUGAAACGAGAACAGACUUUCGCCGGUGUGAUGGAAUUAGUUGCAAUAGACUCAAAUACAAG